AUGCCUCCCAAAAAAUGGUUGAAGCGAACAUCGGUUUCAUCCAAUAGUGGUUGUAGUAAUUUUAGUAUUCAUAAUAUUCAUAAUAGUGGAAGAGAUUUAAAUACAGCAAGUCCUUCCGAAAAGUUGGAUCCUUCCAUUAUUUCUCAUAUAUUUUCAUCAGUUUCAAAAUUAAAUUGGGAUCAAUUUGAAGAGUAUUGUGGUGAAUAUGGAUCAGAAAUUGUUGUUACUCAGAGAUGGUUUGGAAUGAAUUUGGCUCAUGUUUUAGUCAAUCGUGGAGAUGAUGAUUUGAUGAGCUCUUUGCAUAUUCGAAAUACUUCAUCAAUGAUUACCAGUAAUCCCACUCAUAGGAUGAUGAUGGACAUUAACGAUUCCCAGACGCAAACAACAAAUUAUGAUAGCUACGAAUGCAGUAGUAACAACAAUGAAGUUCUCCCAAUACAAAAGAAUAUCCAAUUUGUAAAUGAUUUUUUGUGUCAAUUAAUCAAGAAAGGAGUGGAUUUAAAUGAUGAAGAUUCUCGCAAUCAAUUGAAGCCCAUUCAUUUAUGUGCUAAAAGAUGUUCGAAAAGUUUUUUGUGGAUUUUGACCAUGAUUAUUGAGGGACACCAAAAGCCCACAUGCAUGUGCAGAAACGGUUUUACUCCUCUCCAUUAUGCAAUUUCAUUUAAUCGAUUGGAGUUAGUGAGAGACAUGUUGGAAACAAGUGCAAGUCUGGAUUUUGGAGAAUUUAUACCUACUCGUUUUGUUUCGAGCUAUGAAAAGACUAAAGAGGAAGCAAUGGGAUCUUCUCAACACAGACGUGUAUUAUUUCCAAUACACAUUGCAGCGAAGGAAGGACAUUCAGAGCUACUGAAAUACUUGAUACUUCAUGGGACCAGCACUCUGAAAAUGAAUUCACAAUUAUUUCAAACGCUGCUAGAAUGCUAUGGAUUGACGAAUAAUGCAUUUGAAUCUGUGUGUACUGAAGAGGAAUCAUUGAACAGAUUUAUUGUGAAUAUGACCACGCUCGACAUGUUUUCCAUGUCUCCACUCAUGUUCGCCAUCAAGGAAGGACACACUUCUUGUGUUCAAGUGUUAUUAUCAUUUGGGGCAAAUCCCAAUCAAAGUGAUGCUCGUGGAAAGUCCUGUUUAAUUUAUGCAAACGAAAACCUGUUACACAAAGAGACCAUCAUGCACAUGCUAGGAAUGGAUAAUGCAGCUCCUUAUUUACCUCAUGCAUUUAAGGACGAUUCUCAUUCAUUUCUUUUAAGUUGUUUCCUUAAACCACAAUCAAAUCAAAAUGAUGCUCUUGAAAACAAUGAACAUGAAACAACAACAGAAUCAUCAACACAGAAGGAAGAGUUGACGGACAACAUUGACGAUAAUAUUUACUACAUCUAA